GCAACCGUCAAGAUGGCGGCGGCGCUGAAGCGCAAACUGUCCGGGCAGCGGGAAGCGAGUGGCAAGAGAGGAGCGAGCGGCCGGCUGGCCUCGCAGGAGGCGGUCGGUGAGGGGGGAGGAGGAGGAGGAGGGGAGAGGUCCGGCAACCGGUUCGUGGAAGGAUCGAUCGUCAGGAUCAAGAUGGCUAAUUUCCUAACUUAUGAUUCCUGUGAGAUUCACCCUGGAGCCAAUUUGAACAUGAUAGUGGGGGCCAAUGGCACUGGAAAGUCCAGCAUCGUCUGUGCAAUUUGUUUGGGCUUGGCAGGAAAAACCUCCUUUAUUGGCAGGGGGGACAAGGUUGGCCUUUAUGUGAAACGAGGAUAUAACAAAGGAUAUAUUGAACUUGAACUCUACAAGCGUCCGCAGAACCUUAUUGUUAGCCGAGAGAUUUCUGUGUUAAACAAUCAAUCUGUCUGGCAAAUAAAUGGAGAACAUGCAACCCAGAAAAUGGUAGAAGAACAGACUUCUGCUUUGAAUAUCCAAGUGGGGAAUCUCUGCCAGUUUUUACCUCAGGAGAAAGUUGGGGAGUUUGCUAAAAUGUCAAAAAUUGAGCUGCUGGAAGCAACUGAAAAAUCAGUUGGCCCACCAGAAAUGUACAAGUUUCACAGCGAUUUAAAGAACUACCGUGAGAAGGAGAAGGAACUCGAGAAUAUGUGUAAAGAAAAAUCGGCUGCCUUGGAGAAAAUGAAGCAGAGGAAUGAACGUAACGAGCAAGAUGUGCAGCGGUAUUAUGAACGACAGCGACACUUGGAUAAAAUUAAGAUGUUGGAAAGAAAGAGGCCCUGGGUGGAGUACGAGGUUGCUCGACAGGAGCACGAAGAAGUGAAACGUGUCCGUGACCAGCUAAAACAAGAACUGAAAGCGCUCAAAGAAGCCCAGGCUCCCAUGACCAGAAAAAUUCAAGCUGUUGAAAGGCAAUGUAGGGAGCAGGAAGCAAAAAUAAAAGAAAAGGGGUCAGAAAUUAAGAAAAUCACUCAGGAAUGCAAACAAAAGCAAGAUUAUUUGGAACGGAAAGACAAAGAGGUUGAAGAAGUUCAGCAACGUUUAAGAAUGAAAAAUGAUGAGGAAAUUGACCGCCAGAAAAGAAUAAGCAACACCAAGAAAAUGAUUGAAGAUUUACAGAACGAGCUGAACACAACCCGGAAUUACGACCACGUGCAACCAGAAAUAGACCAAAUCAGUAGUGCUCUCCGGAAAGUUCAACAGGAUAAGGGAGCCAUUGACAGUGAAAAAAUAGACCUACGAAGAGAGAAAGAAAAUCUGGAGAAAGAGAAAAAAAAUGUUAUGGCUAACAUCAAGAGACUUGAAGACAUGAUGCACAUUAAAGAAGCAAGUCUUCGAAAUGGGUUCAGAGAUACGUACAAUGCUGUUUUAUGGUUGAGGCAGAACAGGAACCGAUUCCGUGGACACAUCUAUGAGCCAAUUAUGCUUGAGCUUAAUAUGAAGGAUUCAAGGAAUGCCAAGUACAUUGAAAACCACAUUUCAAUGAAUGAUCUGAGAGCCUUUGUUUGUGUGAACAUGGAUGACAUGGGUGUAUUCCUUAGUGAGGUUCGUGAUAAACAGAGGCUAAGAGUGAAUGCAGUGUGCGCUCCUUCCACCUCAGCUGCCGGGAGACAACCUACAAGACCGAUUCAAGAUCUUCAAAUGUAUGGCUUUAUAUCCUACUUGCGAGAGCUGAUUGAUGCACCGGAACCUGUAAUGAGUUAUCUAUGCGAGCAAUACAAAGUUUACGAUGUUCCCAUAGGGACUGCAAGGACCAAAAUGAUGAUCGAAAGGGUAAUAAGUGAAACGCAACUACGUCAGAUCUAUACAGGAGAAGAACGAUACACCGUAAAGAAAUCCAUUUAUUCAAAUAAAAUAAUUUCAAGCAAUACACAGUUAAGAGAUGCGAAGUUUCUCACUGUUCAGGUGGAUGCAAAGGAAAGAAGACGAUUGGAGGAUCAAUCAAAAGGAGUAACUGCAAAUCUGCAUGCAGUAGAGUCACGCAUUGCUGAAUUUUCUGAGAGACAAAGACAUCUUGAGUGUAAAGAUAAUGAAUUGAGGACAAAGAAGAAAGAACUUUUGGAGAUGAAGAGCAGGAGAAGGCAACUAGAACAAAAAAUCAGCGCAAAAAAUGAUAGUCUGAAGCAGAUGGAGAUGGAUACUAUCAAUCUUGAAGAGGAAGAACGAAAAGCUAAUGCAAAAAUGAAGGCAAUCUAUACCCAAAAAGCCAAGUUAGUUUCAGAAUUAACUCAGUUUAUUAGGACCUGCCUGACACUGAACAUGGAGAAAGUCGGCUUUGUUCUUGAAAACACAUCAUUAACUUAUCAGAAGAACCGGCUGGAAACGGAAUGUAAAGAGUCAGCCGCGGAACAAAAAAUGAAAGAGCAACAAUAUGCAGAGCUGGAUGAGAAAAAACGCAGACUUCUAAAUAUGUGCAAAGAGCGUAUGAAAGCAGCCAGGCAGACCUGUGACCUGGAUCCUAAUCAAAAUUACAUCCCUUCAGAGCUGAUGACAGCAUUUCAAAGUCUUCCAAAUUCACUGGAUGAAAUAGAUGCUUCGCUUAAUGAAGAAAGAUCCAGAGCAUCCUGUUUCACAGGCUUGAAUUCUUCAGUUGUGGAUGAGUACAAGAGGAGGAAACAAGAAAUAGAAAAUUUGUCUGAAGAGCUGAUUGAAAAAAAAAGUGAAUUGGAAAACUAUAAACUGAAUAUCUCACAGGUAAAAGAAAAGUGGCUAAAUCCUUUGAAACAGCUUGUCGAACAAAUUAACGAGAAGUUUAGCGAGUAUUUCCGCUCAAUGCAGUGUGCAGGGGAAAUUGACCUGCACACAGAAAAUGAGGAAGAAUAUGAUAAAUACGGUAUCCGAAUUCGAGUGAAGUUUCGCAGCAGCACUCAGCUCCAUGAACUCACCCCACAUCACCAGAGUGGCGGGGAGAGAAGCGUUUCUACAAUGCUAUAUUUAAUGGCUCUACAGGAAUUAAAUAGAUGCCCAUUUCGAGUUGUAGAUGAAAUCAAUCAGGGAAUGGACCCAACCAAUGAGAGGAGGGUUUUUGAAAUGGUGGUACGUACAGCUUGCAAGGAGAACACCUCUCAAUAUUUCUUUAUCACACCCAAGCUGUUGCAGAACCUGACUUAUUCUGACAACAUGACAGUGCUGUGUGUUUAUAAUGGGCCACACAUGCUGCCACCAGGCAAGUGGAAUCUGAAGGCUUUUCUCAGGAGGCGACGAAGAGUACAAGUGCAUAACUGAGGAAUUUAAGGACAAUUCUCUCUUGGGCAUUAAUCAAUUAUGUUUACAUGCAAAACACUGACUCUUUCACACAUUUGGCUUUUAAAUGCUUAUUAUACGAGCAGAGAAAUGCUAACACAUUCUUGCUGGAACGAAAUUAACUAAGGUAAGCUUAUAUUUUAUCAGAUAUCGCUCCCACAUGUGCGACCACAACGCUCGCAUAGUGGUAUGGCUUGGUAAUUGAAUUAUUGUACAUAGCUGUAACAAUAAUGGGGAAACAAAGUUUGUAUAACUGUAAAGGUAGAUUUCUGUCUACUGGACAAAAUACCUGUCCUUUUAAGGAAAUUGUUGUCAAUAUAUUGCUGCAGGAUGCCCUAAUUCUGUAAGGUGUGAUUUGUUGUGACAGUUAGAUUAUUGUGAAAUUGGUGCAUCCCAUGCCAUUCCCCCAUGUAGAAGAGCAAAAAUUACUGGUUUUUAAAUUUCUUAAUUGUUUUUUAAAAGCUGUCAAGUACCAGCCAUGCAGUUAGACAGAAAACAGAUUUCUGAAUUGUGAAGAGUGAUUAAGGUGGGUGAAAGCCUUUAUAUGGGCAGCCAGCUGUAAAUAAAGGUAAGAAAUUCUCUUAGGCAGAAAACAUGCUCAGAGGUGCAGCCUGAUUCCGCAUCAUAGAAGAGGGAACAAAUGCCCUCUGCCCAAAAUCCAAACAUGCUGUGCACAACAUCAACUCAUGAGCUCAGUAAUAGAAUGUAAACUGGACCUUCAUGUCAGAGGGGAUAUGACAUAUGAAGGGAAAGCCAUAUUCUUAUGUACAGAAAAUGCCUUUAGGAGUGACUGUUGCCUUGCUGGGUUAGCCACCCAGUCCAUGAUAAGUGGACAGUAAUGUAUUAAUGUGAGUCAUUAUUCCUGCACUUGCAUCUUGUCAAGUAGUGUGCAUAGCACAACGUUUUUAAUGAAUCACCAAGUGUCCUUUGCACUGAUGUAGCCCUGGGUGGAAGGGGUGGUUGCUUGUCCCCACCCCUGUGGAGGUCACCUGGUUAAUCUGCUCAAAGAUAGUGUACCACCAGCCAAGGUGAGCAUCUCCACUUGCACUUUGGCCCUGAUUGUUGCUGUGGGCUAUUGUGAAACAGAAGGUGUAAUUUUAAUCUAUUCAGCGCCGUUGUUCAGAUUUGCCGUCGUGUAUAUGUGGGUGGGGGGUGGUCGGGAUUGUAAGGUUGGUUAUUUAAAAUGUUGUGCUGCUCUGCAGUGCCUGCUUUAUUUUUGUAAGAUAACAAAAAUAUCAAUAGUUACUGCUGUAGUGUUACAAGUUUUUUUUUAUUGAAGUAUGUUGCAAAAGCUGUCUGAAGGAACUUGUAGUUUUCACAGUACAAGUUGGGCGAAUGCAUCUUUGAAAACACAACAUUCCACUUAUUCAACAGAGGUGAUAAGAAAUUUGCCUUCCCAUAGCCACCUCCUUGACCCAUUAACACUUUGAAAAGAAUAUGAUACACUGCCAUAUUUAUAUCUAUGACUAAUCCUUUUCAAAGGUGGAUAUUUUGAAUGUUAUUUUGGGACAUGUUCAGUGUAAUUGAACCAGUUUCAUUCAUGGCACCCCCUCAGAUUGGCUUUUAAUUAAAUCUCUAUGAGAAAUUGAUAUAUUUCCCUUUUGCAUUUUCAUAAAACUUUUGUUCAAGAAUUUUUGGUGUUUUGAUUUUAUCGUUUGAGAACUUGGCCUUUGUUUUGUAUCGCUGACUACUUUCUAAAGAGAAUUCUUGUUAUUUUGUUUAAAAAGAAGCUCUGUAUUUUACCUUGGGUAAGUUUAUUGCUGUUCCUUUGAAUUGAAAUAAAUAAACUUUAUUUUUAAAAAA